AAAUCCCCAAAGAGUAAUUAAGAGAUGGAGAUGAUCAUCAUUAGUAGUAAUGGCAGUAGUGUUAUCCAAUCUUUGAGCGUAGCACUGGGCGUCCUCUUCUUCUCAAUACUCUGCUACAGGCUGCUCGGCACUAGAAGGAGCCGCCCUACUGCUAAAUGCAUGAUCGGCACGAAACUCCCACCGGGGUCGAUGGGUCUUCCGAUCAUCGGAGAGACUCUUCAGUUCUUCGUUCCUUACACCUCCGACGACAUCUCUCCUUUCAUCAGCAAGAGGAUACAAAGGUACGGCCCAGUGUUCAAGACGAGGCUGAUCGGAAAGCCGGUGAUUGUGUCGACGGACCCAGAGGUGAACCAUUUGGUGUUGAAGCAAGAAGGAGACGGGGAAUUGCUGUUCCUGCCCUGGUACUCCGAUAGCUUCAAUGAGAUCAUGGGCAGCGACAGCUUGCUGGCUCUCCAGGGCUCCGUCCACAAGUACAUGAGAAACUUGGUGCUCGAGGAGUUCGGACCGGAGCGACUCAAAUCCCUCCUUGCCGACAUGGAACGACACACCGUCCGACACCUUCGCUCCUGGUCCGCCCGACCCAGUGUUGAACUAAAAGAUGCAGUGUCGACGAUGAUUCACAGCUUUACGGUCGAGAAGGUGUUCAGCAUGAAAACUGAUACGGAGCCGGUGAGGGAAUUCAAACAAUGUUACGAUGCUUUUCUCCGCGGGUUGAUCUCCUUCCCUAUCUACAUUCCGGGCACUUCUUUCUGGAAGUGUAUGCAGGGACGAAAAGGGGCAUUGAAUAUUAUCAAGAGGUUGAUGGAACAAAGGCGGGAAUCGCCGCACAAGGAACGAAAGGAUUAUCUCGACUUUAUGAUAGCAGAAAUGAAGAAAGAUGGAAGCCCAUUAACAGAGAAGGUCGCCAUUGAUUUGCUCUUCUUACUUCCUUUCGCAACUUUCGAAUCCACUUCCUCUUGUAUUGUGACGGCGCUCCACUACUUAAGCAAGCAUCCUGCGGCACUCGAAGAACUUACCAGAGAACAUGAAGCUAUUUUGAAAGGGAAAGAAGGGAGUACUGAACCAGGAGGAAUCAGUUGGAAAGAGUACAAAUCAAUGACUUUUACCCACAUGGUCAUCAACGAAACCUUGAGGCUUACAAAUAUAGUCCCUGGAAUUUUCAGGAAGGCGAUAAAAGAUGUUGAAGUCAAUGGAUACUUGAUUCCAGCUGGAUGGACUGUGAUGGUGUAUCCUGCUUCGGUCCAUCUCAACCCCAAAGUAUAUGGUGACCCUUUGAGCUUCAAUCCAUGGAGAUGGAAGGGCCAGCAACUGCAUUCAGGAUCACAGAAUUUCAUGGUGUUUGGAGGUGGGGUUAGGCUUUGUGCUGGAGCAGAUUUUGUCAAAGUUCAGAUGGCCAUCGUUUUUCACCACCUCGUCACAAAAUACAGGUGGGAGGUGAUAAAGGGAGGGGAACCAAUUCGAUACCCUGGAUUAAUAUUUCCAGAGGGCUUCCACGUCAACAUCUCUGCGGUAAAGAAGGAAUCUCACCAGAAGUAACAACCGUAAGAAGAAUGCUAGCUAGCUACUGGCUCAUAGACUCAUAGUAUGUUAAGAUACUCCCAAAUAUAUGUUAGGAAUCCCAUAUUAUGUUAGGAUUCUCCUUGAUCCCAAAAAAGUAUGAAUAAGCCUGGCCAAGGAUC